GCAUUACGUAUACUAAAAAAACCUGAUGAGAGAAUUCCAAAAUUGUACGCUGGUGACAAUUUAACUUUGAGCAGCCAUAACGCUAGAGCCAAAAGAAGCUCUGAUGUCAACUUUGUUGUAAGUAAGAAGGAUUGUGUUUCUGUAACUCCUCGUGCUUUGCACCGUCUUCUUGGCCCAGCCUUUAACUCUCGCUAUAUGUCUGUAGAAAAACCUUCGAAUUUUUUCCGAGAAAAUCAAAGGGUCAAGUCUACUGGUCAAGGUUUGAAGACACUUCCUUCCGACCAGGGUCAUACUGUAGAAGAGUCGGAACCUUUUUCAGUUGGUGCAGGAUUUGUUAGAUCCGUUCCGAGUAAUUUUAACUUCUAUUUAUCCAAUAACAACACAGUGUGGCCCAUGGAAGAGAACAUUUCUAUGUAUAUAUCAAGUGAAAAACGUUCCCCGCAUCUGAAGAGAAAUCCAAGGGGUACUGGUGGCACCGUAAGCACCGGCAGCCCAUGGGGUUGUCCUUCAGAAAUUCGUUGGUUCGACCUGGGAGAAGAUCAUUUCCCGCGUUACCUGCGGAGUGUGGCGUGUACCAACGAACGAUGCUGGUUUGGACACUUUUACUGUAGACCGAAGGCGUUCACUGUCAAAAUUCUUCGACGCAAAAAAAACUGCGUGAAACAGAAUGGAGACAGUGCACAUAAAGAGUCAUUGGAUGGCGAUCAAGAACUACCUCCAGAGCUACAAGAACAAUGGGAGUUUGAAGAAAGAGCAGUUACAUUUUGCUGUGAGUGUACCGUGUGA